AUGAGCAACAGACAGAACAACGACGCCGCCGACAACGUUUCCAGAAAGGUUUCGGACAUGUCCCAAAGGGUUUCCGAGGCGACGCGCCCGGACAGCGACCGGAGCGCGGUUGAGCGCGGCCAGGAGCGUCUGUCGGACGCGAAGGACUCGGUCAGGUCUGCCAUGAAGCCGGACUCGCAGAAGGGCUACCUGGAGAAGGGCCAGGAGCGGCUAUCGGACGCGAAGGACUCGGUCAGGUCUGCCGUGAAGCCAGACUCGGAGAAGGGCUACCUGGAGAAGGGCCAGGAGCGGCUAUCGGACGCGAAGGACUCGGUCAGGUCUGCCGUGAAGCCAGACUCGGAGAAGGGCUACCUGGAGAAGGGCCAGGAGCGGAUGUCGGACGCAAAGGACUCGGUGAAGUCUGCCGUGAAGCCAGACUCGGAGAAGGGCUACCUGGAGAAGGGCAGGGAGCGUCUGUCGGACGCUAAGGACUCAUUCACGUCAGCCAUCAAGCCAGACUCGGCGAAGAGCUACUUGGAAAAGGGUAAGGAGCGCCUGUCCGAGCUUGCCGACUCCGCGCGCUCGACCUUCAAACCCGAGUCCCAGAAGGACUCCCUUGAGAGUGGCCAGGACCACCUUUCCGCUGCGGGCAGCUCUGCGAAGUCGGCUGUGAAGCCAAACUCCCAGAAGAGCUACACCGAAAGGGGUAAGGAGACACUGGGUGACGCCGCAGAGACUGCGAAGGAGAAGCUUUCCGGCGCCUACCAAUAUGUAAGUAAGGCCCUUCACGGCGAGGGUGAUGCCACUACGGGUGCAGGCCACACAGGCACCAACACCACCACUGCCUCGCACCCAACCGGCUCUCACCAGGGUGGCUCCACCUACUCAUCCGGGGGUGCACGUCACUGA